AUGGCCGGGCCGGGGCGGGCGCAGGAGGCCCUGCAGGAGCGCUACCGCCUGGGUUCCCUGCUGGGGCGCGGCGGAUUCGGCAGCGUCUUCUCAGCAACGCGGCUCUCGGACGGCGCCCCGGUGGCCAUCAAAAGCGUGCCUCGGAACCGCAUCUGGCAUUGGAGCGAGCUGCCCGACGGCACCAGCGCUCCCCUGGAGGUUGUGCUGCUGGACAAGGUGUCCACAGGCUUUCCCGGUGUCGUCCAGCUGCUGGAGUGGCUUGAGCUGCCCAGCGACAUUGUGAUGGUGCUGGAGCGGCCAGAGCAGUCUCAGGACCUCCUGCAUUUCAUUCAAGCACGGGGGUUCCUGCGCGAGGAGGUGGCGCGGCAGCUGUUCCGCCAGGUGCUGGAGGCCGUGCGGCACUGCACCAGCUGCGGGGUCCUGCACUGCGACAUCAAACCAGAGAACAUCCUGGUUGACCUGGCCACCGGGCAGGCCAAAUUGAUUGACUUUGGCUGUGGCACCUACCUGCAAGAGACAGCCUACACUCACUUUGCAGGAACACCAUCAUACAGCCCCCCGGAAUGGACCCGCUUUGGCUGGUACCAUGGCGAGCCAGCUACCAUCUGGUCCCUGGGCAUCCUGCUGCACGAGAUGGUCUGUGGGAAGAUG